AUGCCUGCGGCAAAGUCGUCGUCAUUCUACCUUCCCCUAGUGGAUAUCACGCCGUUCAUAAAGGACCCUAAAAGUGAUGCUGCCCGGCAGGUAGUCAACGACGUACGAGAGGCAUGCCUCUCGACGGGUUUCUUCCAAAUGACGGGACACGGCGUCGGGCCAGAGCUGCAGUCGGCUGUUUUCGCAGCCGCCGCCCGGUUCUUCGCGCUCCCCACCAAUUCCAAACUCGCACUUGACGCCAAAAAGACAGUCGGGUUCCGCGGUUACGACACCAUGGGCCAACAGCUGUACGAGGAUCACGUCUUGCCUGAUUUGAAGGAAGGAUUCUUCGCUGGGCAGGAUAUGCCCACCGAAGACCCCCGUGUCAAGGCGGGCCGCUUCUUCAUGGGGCCAAAUGUCUGGCCACCGGCCGAACUUCUCGCUGCUCGCGACUUCCGCGAGCCCGUCGAGGCCUACUACACCGCCAUGAAGCGGCUCUGCGACGUCGUGCUUGAUCUCAUAGCGGCCACGCUGCCAUAUGGGCCCCAUGUGUUUGACGGCAUCAAAUCCAACGAUCCAGCAUGCCCGCUGCGCCUGCUUCACUACCCACCAACCGUCCCUGCCACCGGCACGGGAAAGCGUCAGCUGGGAAGCAGCGCGCACACCGACUUUGGAGCCAUCACUUUGCUGCUACAGGACGACCAUGCCGGGCUCGAGGUCAAGGAUGUCGACACGGACGAGUGGGUUGGGGUGCCGCCCAAACGGGACGCAUACGUCGUCAACAUGGGCGACAUGAUAAGCCGCAUUACCGGCGGCCUUUACAAGAGCAGCAUCCACCGGGUCAUCAACCGGGCACCGGACGACCGGUACAGUGUGGUGUUCUUUUUCGACGGUAACAUCGAUUACAAACUUCGCCCACUUGACAAGGCUUUCAGCAAGGAUGGCAAAGAGAUCGCGGCAUUGGAUGCGGAUGACGCGGCUCCAACAGUGGAGCAGCACAUGAUGGAGCGUACAAUGGCCACUUACAAUAUGAAAGGUUCAAAGUAA